UGACUGUUUAAGUAAUAUAAUAAAUCGCCGUUAUAUACAUAGUGUCGAUUGAGUCAUCGUUUGAUCGGCAUAUCCCGAUGCAGUUAAAGAGUAUUGUCUGCGUCUUGUAUUUGCCGGUUAUAUAUAGAAUUUCUAAUUUCUAUAGUAAUCGAUCACGCGGGAGAAUUGUCAUUAAAUUUUGUAGAAGAUAAUAACCGUUUUUUUAAAACGAACAAGCGAAUAUAUCGGCAUCACUUUAUCAUGUGUGAGACUUAAGCGUAAUGAUUAAUUAAUGUCAGGUAUGACCACUUAUCGAAGGUAACUUAGUUACUUUGUGUUUUUCUUUCCGCAUUGUGUGCAUUUUAUUUCAAUUUAUCUUAAAGUUUUAUUGUUUUGAUUACUGACAACACGUUGUACCGUGCAACAUACUUUUUUGUUUCUGUCACAGUUUUGUAGAAAUACGUCAAAAAGUCUCGUUAAAUUGGCAGUGCACGAAGCGUAGGCAAUUUAAGACUGUGAGAAAUUACGAAUUCUGCUUGUAUACAUGUGAUACGUAUGCGUUUCGCCAGAUUCAAAAUCAACUAGAUCUGAAUGAAGCGCGACUCAAAAUUUUUCACACGAUUUUGUUUUACAUACUUAUUAUCGAUAAAUAAAUAUAUUUAUCGCAUUAGCGGUAAGGUUUUGUAGAUAGCGUGUGAUGGUGCGCAAUAUCAAUUUUAGGAGCGUGUGAGUACACUUUUUGUAAAAAUAAAUACAAAUUAUUAUAACACACGUCUAUUUUAUUUUUAAUCUCACAUAUUUAAAAUGGGUAAUAAAUAUUUAGACAAAAAAUAUUAUAUCAUCCGAAUAAUUAAGAGUUAACUUGUAUCAAGAGUGAACUUGUUCCGUCUAUUGGAAUUUCAAAAGAAACGCAUCUUCUUACAUGGGCUCGCGAAGUUUGCCGGAGCGCGAUUUUAUUUAUUUAUGUCUGGAAGAUGUAUGUUUCGCAAGAUUCUUCCGGUGUAAUAUCAUGCCACGAGCCACGAUAGCGAGAUACAUCAUCCAAUCUAUCAUCCGAUAUGUGAAACAUAAUAUAACUGUGAUGCGAGUAUCGGUAAAAAUAUCUCCGCUCAUGCGACGUAACGUGGUCGGUGUGUUACGUUACUUUGACACAUUCACGUACCUGUUAUAUAUACGUGCACUCUAUUUUAAUAUAUUUGUACAAAGUGUGUUCCAGAAACCGGGCCCUUUCGUUCAAAUUAUAAAUUUUUCUGAAAUAAAAAGAAAUAGCAUUGCUGUAAUCGGUUGUGGCAGCAAUUCCUCUCCAAGUUCAUGCUCAUCCUUGUGUUUGUUGCCGAUAAGAUUAAGUAACGCGUCGUCCGUAGAACAGAAAAACGGAAAUAGUAUCAUCAAGGAUAACAAGACAACCACCAACGGUGUCGAGGUGAACAAAAACGAAGAUCAAAAUAGCGGCUUCGAUGCUAAGGGACAAGCGAAGAAAAAACCAAAUGUUCCUGGGGGCGGACCUCUUUUACAACAAACGGAUAUAUCCAGCAGUCAGUUAGAUUUUUUCAAGAUGCUCGACGAGAAAAUUGAAAGUGGUCCGGAUUACGACGAGAGCCUCGACACAAGUAAUCAAGAGGAUCGAGUAACCAGCUUGCUGCGUCGUUGGGAACUGGCUAGCGUAAAUUGGUCAAGCGUUUCUGACUUGAAUAACAUUUCGUCACCUUCUAAGCAGAGGAGUCGCGUUCUGAGCAGCUCUAGACAGAGCCUCAACGCAAAGGAUCGCGAGGGCAUGAGGAACAUAAUAGGCGGCAGGCCGGAAAGCGCUCCGAUUUUCAUACGUAACGCAAAUCGUAUGGACGGAUUGCAGGACGGCCACCGCUGUCCAUCGCCGAAUAUGCCACGUCACGUGCUUGAAUCUAUUACGCAAAGUCCGACCCAGGGAAUAAAGACGACUACGCCAGUUUGCGCAUCGCCAAUUGGUGUUCGCUACGUACGUGACGGAAAAGAAUGUUCGGCCAUGACCGAACAGCAGCCAAACAAACUUCACUAUACCAGUCAGAAUCCGAUGAACGGCGAGUAUGUAACGCAGCAGGCGCUUUAUCGCGAACAGUAUUUGCAGCAGACCGGCAUAAUCACCGUGACACCUCAAUACUCGACCAGCACGUCUGGUAGCGGCAUUCUUAGGAGCAAUUCGUACGUUCAGCAUUUCCAGAUCGCCCCAAAGCCUCAGCACUUUGCUACGACUACGAGAGAGCGAAGUUUUAAUACUGCACAGAUGACGUGACCAACGGAUUCAAAUCAGCGAUCAUCGAGAUAAGACUGAAAUCUGUGAAAAAAAGUCGGGGAAUAAGGCUACAAGUUUCGACGCGAUAAAGGGUGAUUGGUUUACUACAGAAAGUUGUAAGAAAAAAUCGAACCGUUUUUUCGGCUAAUGAAGUAAAAGAAUGAGACGAACAAAAAUCUGUAAAGAUAAGAACGAUUGCGAAAAGAUAAGAACGCAAUGCAAAUCGUAUAUUCUUCUCUUUCUUGAAUAUAUUCUUCUAUACCUUUAUUCUUGACAAUGCUUUCUAAAGUAUAAACAAAAAAAUAAUAAACGAAAAGAAACAAAACUCUCAAGGAAAUCCGCGUCAUCAAUAAAGGUUUGUCUUUUCUUGCUGCCUAAUAGUUGAAGACAAAAAGAUACAUACGAGAAAAAGAGUAAAAUAUUGGUAUCGUGGAAAUCGCGCGCAAAAUAGAAAUUUUUUGCUGCAAGUGCCAAAAUAUUAAAGCAAUUUGAGUGUUACAAAUAAAAAAAACUCGCUCACUAAAAUUGUUCUAUAUGAUUGACUUGAUAAUUGAUAUAUAAGAGAUACGACUCGAUGUGCAUACGAUAGAAUUAAUUCUUUCGGUUCGUUUUUCCUGAUCUCCCUUUUUACCAAUCGAUGUUUUCGAACAAUGUUUCCACGUUGACUACAAAUAUUGAGUCAUCAAGUAUGAAAUUUGACAAAUAUUUUUUAUAUUUAUGCAUAUAUGUAUAUAUACAGAGUUUCCCAGAAUUGGUGUAACAUCUCUC